CUUUGGUCAACACACGGAGACACGCAGAGACACACAGAGACACACACCGAGACAGACAGACUGAGACUGGGAGUCUGCUGCUUCUGGUUCUGAGGUUCUGCGUGCAGGUCUGGAUCAUGGUGGAACCAACCUCUAAAGCCGCUGCUGUUCUUCUGCUGUUCCUGCUGCACGGCUGCCUGGCUGAUGACGUUUUCCUCAGCGGUCAGUUGGCCUCUCAGGUGCUGGUCAGGAACCGCCGGGCCAAUCAGUUGUUCGAGGAGAUAAAAAAAGGGAACCUGGAGAGGGAGUGUCUGGAGGAGAUCUGUGACCACGAGGAAGCCCGCGAGGCCUUCGAGCAGCUGGACAAGACGGAGAACUUCUGGGUGAAAUACCUGGACUGCAAAGGAACCCAGCUGACAAGAACACUGGAGAACAUCGACCUGGUGAGACAGUGUAUAGAAGGUCAGUGUAUUUCUGGCACAGGAGUCAACUAUAAAGGCAACAUUAACAUCACAGUAUCAGGGAAACCGUGUCAACACUGGAGUAGCAGCUUCCCUCAUCCCAUCAUCAGGGAGUUUAACGCCUCAGAGCCCAACAGCAUCCUGGAAGAGAACUUCUGUCGGAACCCAGACAACCGCCUGGAGGGCCCCUGGUGUUUCACCAGAGACCCAACAGUCCAGAAGGAGGCCUGCAGGGUCCCCACAUGUGGUGAGGCCUUUGCCCCGCCCACUGUGGCCCCUGAACCAGUCAGAUCUGGUGACUGCCUACCAAACUAUGGGAUCGACUACACUGGCAACCUGGCUGAGACUCUGGGAGGACACACCUGUUUGCAGUGGUCGUCGCCGGAGGCCACGGCCCUGAGCCGGGACAAGGAGUUCAUCCCCGAGGUCAGCCUGCAGGGCAACAAGUGCCGUAACCCCGACAAUGACCCCGAGGGCCCCUGGUGCUACGUGGAGGUUUCUGGAAACGUGACGGUGGACUACUGCGACCUCGAUCUGUGUGAGGACCCGUUGCUGGGCGACGUGUUGACGUCGCAGACAGAGGGCAGGGAGCGCUCCGUCCUGGGGCCUAAGAAGAAGCUGGUCUUCAGUCCUCGCUCCUUCGGACAAGGAGAGAGCGUAUGUGGACAGCGCCCCCUAUUUGAAAACCACGGCAAGAAGGACGCCAAGGAGGACGAGUUGCUGGAGUCGUACCGAGACAAACGCAUCGUUGGGGGUGACAACGCGGAGGUUGCCUCUGCACCAUGGCAGGUGAUGCUGUACAAGCGCAGCCCACAGGAGCUGCUGUGUGGGGCCAGUCUGGUCAGCGACCAGUGGAUCCUCACUGCAGCUCACUGCAUCCUGUACCCGCCAUGGAACAAGAACUUCACUUACAACGACAUCAUCGUCCGCCUGGGAAAACACAACAGGGCCAAGUUUGAGCGCGGCACUGAGAAGAUCGUGGCCAUCGAUGAAAUCAUCGUCCACCCAAAGUACAACUGGAAGGAGAACCUGAACCGUGACAUUGCCCUGCUGCACAUGAGACGACCAAUCACAUUCACCGACGAGAUCCACCCGGUCUGCCUGCCCGACAGGAGAGUCGCCCAAAUGCUGAUGAGCGAAGGCUAUAAGGGUCGAGUCACCGGCUGGGGGAACCUGAAGGAGACCUGGAACCCAUCGGCGAGAAAUUUACCCUCAGUCCUCCAGCAAAUCCAUCUGCCAAUCGUAGAUCAGGACACCUGCCGCAGCUCCACAUCAGUCAAGGUCACAGACAACAUGUUCUGUGCAGGUUACAGACCAGAAGACAGCCAACGUGGAGACGCCUGUGAGGGAGACAGCGGGGGACCGUUUGUGAUGAAGUACCCUGCAGAGAACCGCUGGUACCAGAUGGGCAUCGUGUCGUGGGGCGAAGGCUGCGACCGGGACGGGAAGUACGGCUUCUACACCCACCUGUUCAGGAUGAGCAGGUGGAUGAGGAAAGUUAUCGACAAGUCGGCAACAGACGACGAAUAGACGCACUUCCUGUUCUGCCUGUCCAGCAAUAUGAGGCUAAUAAAGCUUGUUCACAUCCUGG